GCUACCACCAAACAGAUCUUCGUUAGGCUAGUACAAUGAUCUGGUGGUAGCACUGUUCGCCCAUCGUUUGGAAAGUAAAAAUCCUCUUCGGGGCAAGCCGAGCAACGCUUUUGCUGGUCCAUCGGAGCAGAGAGGAAGUUUUCGAACUUGAAGUUGAAAUUUGAAUGGGUACAAUUUCAUUCCAAAUUGUUUGAAUUCAUGUGAGGGAAAAUAAAAUAUUUGAAGCAAGCAGCCUUGUACAUGUGCGAUAACUCGAAACUGAGUGAUAGAAGUAAUUCGGAAAGCUAUGGCAUCGACGAUCUCUGAGGCAGUUCGUGUGCUGCCGUUCAAUGGAGUUCGUGCCGUGUUUGCGUAUGGAUCUGGCGUCUUUCGACAAAGCGCUACAGUGGAUGUGCGGAAGAACAUGCUGGACUUAGUACUAGUUGUAAAUGACUCCCAGACAUGGCACCAAGCCAAUCUGGAGAAGAACCCUCACCACUACUCCUUCAUCAAAUAUGCUGGGGCGGGAAACAUUUACACAUUGCAGCGGAAGUUCUCUGCUGGCUGCUACUGCAAUACCAUGUUGGAGCUUGCAGGACGCUCGGCUAAAUAUACUGUGGUGGAGAUGGAUGACCUGUGUGAGGACCUGGAGACCUGGAAAUACCUAUACAUUAGCGGCCGGCUUCACAAGCCAGUCAAGUUUGUGCUUCAUCCGCACCACAGUCACACACGGCUAUGUGCAGCGCUGUCAAAGAAUCUGCACUCGGCUGUUGCCGCAGCCAUUGUGCAACUGCCAGAGACGUUCUCGGCGCGCGACUUAUACCUGAAGAUAGCUGGCUUAUCAUAUCAGGGUGAUGUUCGUAUGUCGGUGGGAGGUGAGGAUCGAAAUAAGAUCGCCAAUGUCGUGGACAAUAAUAUAGAGCGGUUUGAACACCUUUACCGACCCGUGCUGGUCGAUUGGUUUGGCACAAAUGACAAUGUACAAUUUGACACGUUCACACAGGACAUCAGCCGGCAUAUGAGACACAAGCUGCUGAAGAGUCUGCCGCCAAGUGUCAUGGCCGCGAUGCUGCGUAGCAAGGGCAGAACAAUGGAUGAAACACUACUGCUGGCGGAGUUGUCCGAUGACCGGCUUAGAUGUGCUAAUGGUGUGCGCGAUGGGCUUGCCAGCAUUGUGGACAGAUCCAGCCGUAAGCAGAUGACCAAGAAUAUAGUCAGUGCUGGCAUCACCAAAUCCGUACUCUAUGCAUCACAGAAAGUCAAGAAAUACUGGGCUAGUAGUAGCAACAGCAGCAGCAGCAGCAAUGGUGGUGGUGGUAGUGGUAGUAGUGACAAGAAGGCCAGUUGAAGUCCUGCAGAGCGCUACCAUUCACCUGCAGCACCGGCAGGUCAUGUGACUGAGCUCAGGUGCUACUGCGAUGCAUGCGGGGCACAUGCAACCGGGCCCGCGUGGUGCUGACGUGUCUCCCAGAGAGCGCAUGAUUGGCCUUUUGGUGGGUUUGACUGGUGUGAGUAUGUGCAGUUUAUAGAUCUGAUGGGAGAUCAGCCAGGUCGUACAGCCUUGAAACACUUCCAACACUUGAUCACUUUGUUAGUGCAGUGCGCUUGUACUGUAUACAUGUAAUCCACAAUCCCACAGUCCGCUAUACUGAAACAAAUGGGUGCUUUUACGUACAGCGCCUAAUUUUGGAGGUGCUGGCACCUCUUAGCUGAAGAUUUUAUUUGUGUUAUGUUUGAGACUAGUUUUUAGAAUUUCAAUUCUCCACUGCAGAGAGUAUUGCUUCCUCACAGUACAAGUACAAUUUGAAGUACACGACUGCUAAACGGCAGAACAAAGCUCUCUAGUGAAACACUUUUACUGGUUAAAACCAUUGAGAAUCCGCGCGCACACUUGGUACACACGCCGGAGCAAACCUGUCAACUGUGCGUAUAUUCAGUUCUUCAGUUCCUAACUUACUCAAAUCAUUGCAUAGUGGUCGGUGCUGAGGAGUUUGGUUUGAACUCUUGGAGCAAACACGUUCUAGCCAGUGGCAUCACACCACUGCUUGGAGUGUGGACGCGUGUUCUGCUGAGAUGCUUCGUGCAGUGUUUUGCAUGCACUUCUUGUGGCAUGAUGAGUUUGAAAUCUGUACUAUUGGUUUGUUUCAGGCCCUCGUCUCAAAUACAAGCACGAGUUGCAGUUCAUUCACAGCAAUAAUCUGAAUUGUCAAUGUUGAUCCAUGACUUGCAAACAGUCUAUCGUGUGCAUCUUGACUUUGUUUCCCCUUGCAGUGGAAUGGGAA